AUGGCUGACACAAACUAUACAAGGAUCACAGAAUUCAUUUUCAUAGGUUUAAAAUACCACCCCCAGCUACAGGUUUUCCUUUUCCUGCUUUUCUUGCUUUUUUAUCUCACUACUAUGAUAGGAAACUUAGGCAUGAUUAUUCUCAUCCACAUGGACUCCCGCCUUCACACACCCAUGUACUUUUUUCUCAGUCACCUGUCAUUUGUGGACAUCUGCUUUUCAUCAGUUGUGGGUCCCAAGAUGCUCAGUGACUUCUUCACUGAAAGGAAAGCCAUCUCUUUCCUGGGCUGUGCCUUACAGCAGUGGUUCUUUGGAUUCUUUGUGGCCAUUGAGUGCCUUCUCUUGGCAUCCAUGGCCUAUGACUGCUAUGUGGCCAUUUGUAACCCACUCUCGUAUUCAGUCGCUAUGUCCCAAAGCGUACAACUGGUGGUUGGACCCUAUGCUGUUGGUUUCCUCAACACCAUGACUCACACAACUGCUGCUUUUCGACUUCCAUUUUGCCACUCCAAUAUUAUCAAUCAUUUCUUCUGUGACAUGUCUCCCCUUCUUUCUUUUGUAUGUGCUAACACCCGCAUUAAUAAAUUGUUAGUUUUUAUUGUGGCUGGAGCUGUACUGGUUGUCAGUAGCCUGACCAUUAUAAUCUCCUACUUCUACAUCCUCAUUGCCAUCUUGAGGAUACGCUCUGCUGAUGGGAGGCGCAAAGCCUUUUCCACCUGCUCUUCUCACAUAACAGCAGUUUCCAUCUUGUAUGGGACUCUCUUCUUUAUCUACAUGCGACCAAGUGCCAUUUCUUCUCUGGACCUGAAUAAGGUGGUGUCAGUGUUCUACACAGCAGUCAUCCCCAUGUUAAAUCCACUCAUCUACAGCUUGAGAAAUAAAGAAGUGAAGCUGCUAUGGGUAGGAUGA